AUGAAAACUCCAAAGAGUAAGUUUCCCAGCACUGAGGGCGUACAUUCUCCUGAUCCUUAAUGUGUUCUCCUGUCUAUUGGGAAUAUAAAGGGGAGGUUUAGCAGAAAUGGGGGGGUUAAGUUUUAGAUAUCCAGAGAAAUGACAGUGAGGAAUUAUUUAUGGGUUCAGUAAGAUUGAGGGAAGAUACCAAAUGUGACAAAUUCAUGUGUUAAAGGGUUACUCCAACCAAAAUAAAAACCAACUUUGUUUUAACGAAACACUGUUUUGGGAUGAAGAGAAUGAAGGGAAGUGAUUUCUAUCCCAUGCCAAGGCCAAGUUCUCCCUAAGUCUGAUCGUUCUCCGGUGCAAGAGGAGUGACAUCAUGGAGGAUGGGCUGUGGGGAGAAGUUGGGCAGCAUGAAGGGGUAUUCAUGGAACCAGUGGUUGUCUCAGUUCUGUGUGAAAUAUGCACAGAACUCACAUUUGUCAGCCUGGAAAUGUUCCAGACUGGCCAAUGACAGCCCAAGGAGGGGUUACACCUCCAUCAGCUAUGUGUUUUAUUUCUUUGUUUACAAUGUUUCUCAGUAAAAUGCAGCACAUACCGACUCCAAGCACCAUGACCACUUCAGAUCAUGGAUGGUGUAUGGAGUAACCAUUUAAUGAAAUAAUUUGCUUCCUUACCUCUCUGAACCUGGUUUAUUCUGGUUUAUUUUCUGGGACUGUAAUAAAGAAACAUCGCGAUUAUGAACAGAUCUGUAACCCAGGUACCACAUUGUGUUUUUAUACUAUCCUGCUCUGUAAUGAAUGUAACUGUGUCUGUCUUCCAGCUCUCCUGCUCCUCCCGCUGGGUAUCUCCUCUGGUUCAGACAUUGUGCAGGUCGCGGUGGGUUCAGACCUAGCUCUGUGUGGGAUGACGUGCGGUGCGAAGGGUUUCGUGAUUCUUGAUUGUUCCUCUAAACCAGAACCGAUCCUGGAAUACAACUGUGAACAACAUUAUAUGAAGUUAUUUAGUAAUUACUGGCACAGGGUGGACUUCAAUGAACUGAAUGGAUGUGCAAUAAUCAGAAAUGUUCAGAAGAGCGAUUCUGGUCGAUAUAUGUGGAUACUCAUUGAGGAGGAUGGUACAGAAAGUAUGUACCAGUCUGCACGUCACAGCAUUGUAGGUAAGUUGUCUGUGAUCUAUACUGAGAGUAAGGGAAGGGAUAUAGCUGUACUUCACAAUGAGCCUAUCAAAUGAGGCGAUUUAAUUCCAUAUAUCGGACACACAACGCCUGAUUAAUGGCUUCAUCCAAUCGAACAUAUAAAAGCAGUAGAUAAAUGCAUUUUUUUGGCAUAUAGUUAAUAAAAGAAAAAAAAAGCCAAAUUGGAUAAAUAUGAACCCCUACUAUAUCGGCGGGUGGGAAUGCUACCUUGAUAAACGUAGGGGACCCUUAUUGUACUAAGAGCCCUGUAGCGGAGAUGCAAUAUUACCCAGGGUAUCUCCGCUUAUAAUCCAAGUGGGACUCAGGAACAAGUAAAUAGUAAAUCCACAGACAAGGCUUCCAGCAGGUAAACUACAGCAAUAUCCCAACAGCAAUCCCAAUAAUUGGACGACACACAGUUUCAGGAGCAUAACUGAAAGCCUUUAAUCACAGUCUCCUUAUAAAGCAUGCUCCCAUGCAAGGGAGGAAUUUACAGUAAUUAUUACAGUAGCCAAUCCUGUCCUGGUAACCUCCCACACAUCUCCUCCCCUCAGCCGGCAUCAUAAUCCCCUUAUCCAGCACACCAAUUCCCCCCGUUUCUGGAUGUACCCCUAAACAUAGGGGUACCACUUUAAAUCCUACAUCCCCGGAUACCCCUGAUCUGGGUGAACAACAUAUCCAAAAAUCACCCAGAUCAGACCAGGGGUUCGGGAAAUGUAUGGAGGGAAUAAAAUGACCGACCGCACUAACUGAGAUAGCCGAAUCCGGUUCCAUGCGAAUGGGCCCUGCGGUCGGUCCUGGCAUAAGGGAAUAAAAUACACGAAAACCUCUAGCUAUAGAGGCUAGGGAGGGUUCGCCUGAAUCCCCUCGUUCGGUUCUUUCUAUCUACCGAACGAGGGGCCGUUCGGUAGUUAGGAACCGAACGGACCGGGCUUGUGGAGGUCUCAGCGGUGUUCGCCUACUCGAGUGUCCGAUUUUAGUUCCAGACACUCGACGGCAAAACACCGCUGUUCGGGAGUUUUAAAAUGGCCGCCGCCACGUGUUCGUUUGUCGAAUGGCGUCCACCCCCGAGAACAAAGGACGGCUACUUACUGUUCAAUUACCCGCUCGCAACAAUGUUGCAACAGGGGAGGUCACACUUCACACAGGGGAGGUCUGGUUGUUCGGUAGUUUCAUUCGAAUAAACUAAGGUAAAACAGUAUAUUUGUAGGGUCGCCUGGGGCUAUCCGCUACACUGCUCCCCCUUGCCCACAAGCCGGCAUACACAGUCUGAUCCAACACGGAUCGGCUUGGGGAUGUCCGGGGAGGCUCACGGAUCAUUUCUCUAGGUCAGUUUGUCGAGACAACCCGUCAGCAUUUCCAUUCUGUUUACCCGGGCGGUACUGGAUAUUAAAGUCAAAGGGCUGCAGCGCCAGACUCCAGCGCAGCAGCCGGGCAUUGUCCCCAGCCACCCGGUUUAGCCAUACUAACGGGUUGUGAUCCGUGAGCAGGGAAAAAGCUUGUCCGUACAAAUAUGGCUGUAAUUUCUUCAGGGCCCACACCACAGCCAGGCAUUCUUUCUCGAUGGCGGCGUAGCUUACUUCUCGAGGUAACAGUUUCCGGCUGAUGUAAGCCACGGGAUGUUCUCCGCCAUCGGCCCCGACUUGGCUUAAUACUGCUCCCAAUCCAAACAUAGAAGCGUCUGUGUGGACAAGAAAACGUUUAGUUGGAUUGGGAGCUGCCAAGACAGGGGCAUUUGUCAAUGCAUCUUUCAACAACUGAAAUGCCUGUUCACACUCCGGGGUCCAGGUUACUUGGCGGGGUAGGUUUUUACGGGUCAAGUCGGUGAGAGGUUUGGCCAGGGCACUGUAAUUCGGGACAAAUUUCCGGUAGUAUCCGGCCGUUCCUAGGAACGCUAACACCUGAGUCUUAGUCCUAGGGGUAGGCCAUUGGGCUACAGCCUCUUCUUUGGCUGGUUCCGGCUUUUGCUUGCCGCAUCCUACUCGAUGACCUAGGUAUUGUACUUCAGCCAUGCCUAUGCUGCAUUUGGCUGGUUUCAGUGUUACACCAGCGGCCCUUAGCCUGUCUAGGACCGCUCCUAUAUGGGUCAGGUGUUCCUGCCAGGUAUUGCUGAAAAUGGCAAUAUCAACGAGGUAUGCGCAGGUAUAAUCUUGGAACCCAUCCAGGAGGCGGUCCACCAUCCGCUGAAAAGUAGCCGGGGCGUUUUUCAUCCCAAACGGCAUGACCUUAAAUUGGUACAAGCCGAAUGGGGUGACAAAGGCCGACUUAGGGAUGGCGUCUUGCGCCAAGGGUAUUUGCCAAUACCCUUUACACAAGUCAAUCGUGGUGAGAUAGUGCCCCCUCGCCAUCCGAUCCAGGAGUUCGUCUAUCCUGGGCAUGGGGUAGGCGUCAGAUACCGUCUUCUCAUUCAAUCUCCGGUAGUCUACACAAAACCGGGUCGUGCCGUCCCGCUUUGGUACUAGUACUACCGGAGAGGCCCAGGGGCUGUCGGAGGGCUCAAUCACCCCCAGCUGGAGCAUCUCAUCGAUCUCCUUGCGCAUGUUCGCCCGUACCACUUCUGGGAUGCGGUACGGGGUCUGACGCAUGGGAAGCUGCCCUGGGGUGUCUACUCUGUGAGUGGCCAGAGGAGUGUAACCAGGUACAUUAGAGAAGAUAUCCUGCUUCUCCCUCAACAGCUGUUGUACCUCGCUCCGCUCCUGUGGGCUCAACCGAUCCCCCAGGGUGACUUCCCCUAAGUCCCCGGAUAACUGACCCUCUCCCAGCAGAUCCGGGAGAGGUAAACUGUCAAACUCCUCGGAGUUAGGCGCACAUAUAGCGGUCACUUCCUCCGAGCGCUCCUGGUAGGGCUUCAUCAUGUUCACAUGGAGCAUGCGUCGCCCCCCAGUACCAACGCACGAGCCGAUUAUAUAAGUGGUGUCACACCGUUGUUCUACCACCUUAUAAGGGCCCUGCCAGGCGGCCUGCAGCUUAUCGUGUCGGACAGGUUUUAAGAUCAACACCUUCUGCCCGACCUGAAAGCUACGGUCCCUGGCGCCCCGAUCAUACCAUGUGCGCUGGCGUGUCUGAGCCGCCUGCAAAUUCUCGCGUACCGUCUGAGUUAAGGCCUCAAGGCGGUCUCGGAAUGCCAACACGUAUGGUAUGAUGGGGGUACCGUCAGUGCUCCGUUCUCCCUCCCAAUGCUCUCUGAUUAAAUCUAGAGGCCCUCGUACCCUGCGGCCAAACAAUAGUUCAAAUGGGGAAAACCCAGUGGAUUCCUGCGGCACCUCCCUAUAAGCAAAGAGGAGGUGGGGCAGGAACUUCUCCCAGUCCUUGUGGGUCUCUGCGAAGGUUCGGAGCAUUUGUUUCAAUGUACCGUUGAAACGUUCGCAGAGCCCAUUCGUCUGGGGGUGGUAAGGGGAACUAAUGACCGGCUUAAUGUCACAAAACUUCCAGAGGCGCUGCGUGACUUCGGCGGUGAAUUGGGUGCCCUGAUCGGAGACAAUCUCCCUGGGGAGUCCCACCCGGGAGAAUAUCUUCAUCAGGGCUUCUGCUACUGUCUCAGCCUGUAUAUUCGUCAGGGCCACCGCCUCUGGAUAUCUAGUGGCAUAGUCUACUACCGUCAGGAUAAAUCUUUUACCUGACGGGCUCGCUUUGUUGAGGGGUCCUAUUAGGUCAACUGCUACCCUGCUAAAGGGUUCCUCGAUUAUGGGAAGGGGAUGUAACUUGGCCUUGCGCCGGUCCCCCCUUUUCCCCACCCUUUGACAGGUAUCACACGUGUUGCAAUACCUGCGCACCUCCUGGCUAAUUCCCGGCCAAAAGAAACUUUGGGUUAACCUGUAUCGGGUCCUGCUGACCCCUAAAUGUCCAGAUAGCGGAAUGUCAUGUGCUAUCCGUAGUAACUCCGCCCGGUACCGCUGAGGUACCACUAACUGCCUCAUCACAAUCGGGUCUGACCCGGAUACCUUCUUAUCCGUCUCCCGAUAUAACAGCUGUUUGUCCCAAAUAAACCUUUCGCCCUCCCCCCCAGGCGUGUCUGCUGUCACCUUGUCCCUAUACACCUGCAAGGUGGGGUCAGUCACUACCUCAGCUGCAAAUUCGUUAGGAGGGGCCCAGGGAACACAGUCAAGGGAAGGGGAAGGAUCUCUUACCUGAACCUCCGGGAGUGUGUUGUAGUCCUGGGUGCGGGCCUGUUGUCGAGUGACCACAGGGUGAGCUUCUCCUGUGGUGGGUGUCUGGGGCUCAAAAGCAGAUGUGAGCCUCCCCAGAUCGUUCCCCAAUAAAACCUCCGCCGGUAACUGCGGCAUCAACCCCACCUCCACAUGCCCUGCCCCCGCUCCCCAAUGCAAAUGUACCCUUGCUGUAGGUAGCCGGUAUACUGCUCCCCCGGCUACCCUGAUGGCCACAGUCUUACUUAGUUUAGCUUGGUCUGAGACCAGGUGACUUUUUACCAGGGUGAUGGUGGCUCCUGAGUCACGUAGCCCCUGAACCGCUUUACCCUCCAGAUACACGGUCUGCCUGUGAUGCUGGCGGUUGUCAGCAUUAGCCUGGACGGGAUCUGCCUCGUGCAGUACCUCCCACUGUUCUACCGUUGUGAUGGGAACUGCUGAACCAUACGGUGUGGCCACGAUGUCCUGGUAGUGGUGGGCUGCGGCUGCUCUCGGUGGUGGUGGGGGGCCGGGGCGAAUCCAGGUGGAGCGGUCCCGCAGCUGGGGGCAUUCCCUUUUAUAAUGUCCCCAUUUCUGGCAGUGGUGGCAAGGGCCCGACGUGGGCUGGCGGAAACGUGGCUGUGCAGCGGGCGGUGGGGGUGGUGGCAGUGGUCUUGGUAGAGCUGGCGUGUAGUUGUUCCCCCCAAAGGUUUUAAAAGGUACUUUUGGAGCUGCAGGUUUUUGCUGCCUGCGUGCAUCCAGGUACUCGUCUGCCUUCCUGGCUGCUUCGGUAAGGGAGGUAGGGUUUCUGUCUCUUACCCACUCCUGUACCUCGCUGGUUACUCCUUCAUAAAAUUGCUCCAGCAGUACCAUUUGCAAUACAUCCUCCAUAGACCGUGCCUUGCUCGCUUGCACCCACCCCAAGACUGCUCGUUGUAGUCUGCAUGCCCACUCUGCGUGUGAGUCUCUCUCCACCAUCUUUAAAUCCCUGAAUCUCCGCCGGUAUGCUUCUGGUGUUAUAGCAUACCUGGCCAAUAUAAUUUCUUUCACUUUGUUGUAAUUCCUUAUUUCUUCAUUAGGCACAGUACGGUAUGCCUCAGCUGCCCUCCCAGUUAACCUCCCUGCCAAAAUAGGUACCCAGUCCUCUGCGCUUAUUCUAUGCAGUGCACACAGUCUCUCAAAAUCUUGCAGGAAAGCGUCUAUAUCUUCCUCUGCCUCCACAUAUGUUUUAAAAGCCUGGUAUGGUAUUUUAGGCUUACCUUCUUGUGGCAUAUUUACUUCAGCGCUGCGUUCUGGGGCCGCUGCUUGACUCCUCAGUAUAAAUUCCUGGACCUCCGUCAUUGUUUUUGAAACAAUCUCUGUUGGAGGGUGUUCCAAAUAGAAAGACAGCCGAAAUUGUACCUGCCUCUGGAACUCCCUUUGUUCCGGUGUUUCUCCCGAAUUCCCCUGUUCGGGAACCGAAUCGCCGUCCAUUCGGUACUCCGCCAUCAGUUCAGUAAUGAGUACCGCUUUUGUCUUAUUGCUGGCUUGUAUACCCCUUGCCUCCAGAAGGUCUUUUAGCGUGGAGCGUUUUAGUGUGGCAAAAUCAAUCUCCAUCCGUACUCCAUUUAUGCUUGUUCCUCUGUGAGUCUGGAUUUUCUAUCUACCGAACGAGGGGCCAUUCGGUAGUUUGGAACCGAACGGACCAGGGCUGUGGAGGUCUCAGCGGUGUUCGCCUACUCGAGUGUCUGAUUUUAGUUCCAGACACUCGACGGCAAAACACCGCUGUUCGGGAGUUUUAAAAUGGCCGCCGCCACGUGUUCGUUUGUCGAAUGGCGGCCACCCCCGAGAACAAAGGACGGCUACUUACUGUUCAAUUACCCGUUCGCAACAAUGUUGCAACAGGUAAUUGAGGACACACUUCACACAGGGGAGGUCUGGUUGUUCGGUAGUUUCAUUCGAAUAAACUAAGGGAAUGAAACUACCGAACAAUCAGAGGAAUACAAUUCACUUUAAUACAUAGAAAACACAGCAGAUACACGAAUGCAGGUAAAACAGUAUAUUUGUAGGGUCGCCUGGGGCUAUCCGCUACAAGCCCCCAUCCCCAUGAUCUGUGAGACCUGAUAAUUAAAAUAAAUGGGGGUACUUAGUGUCUCCCACACCCUCUACUCAUGACCAGCAGAUAGGGAGCUGACAAUAUAAUAAAAGAGAGGCUAAAAUUAAAUAAAGAUGGGGUGGACAUAACAUUGGCCAUUCCUCUAAAAUAGUGCUGGUCCCCCACCACCUAAAAUCCUGCCGAGUCCUUCUCAGAAUAAUAAGUGAGGGGGAGGCGCAUUAAAUCUAAAUUAUGGUAUACUUACCAUCUGAUCUUUCUUCUCCGAUCUUUUCUUCAGUCCCACAAAGGCCAAAUAAAAAUCCAUUAAUUCCUGACACUAAUAUUAAAAAUAUAAAUAAAAGAGCCCCAUUUGGCCAAUUUGCAAAAACAAAGUGCAGAAAAAACUCAGACAAAAUUAAUCUAUGUGAUGCUAAGGAGGUCUCUGUGCAGAAUGAGUUUGCAAGGCUUGAAAGCCCCUAAUAAGGGCUUACCCACACUAUGGAAGCAAGGUCAGAGCAGUCUGAUUGGUUGGCACAUACGCCAACCAAUCAGAGCGCUCAGAGAGGCAAACCUCACUUCUCUAAUGACUUGAAUGACACUAUUAGGAUAUGGGGUGGUAAGCAGAAUUAUUUUAAUUGGUUGGUGUAGCUGACAGCUUGGGGACCUGGCUACAAUUUUGGGGUGAGCAAUAGUAUGUUAACCCUUUAUUUAAUUAAAAGCCCCACCCACCACACGUGGCUGGGGCUGAUAACUACACUAGGCACCACAUUUAGUAUAUUAUUAGUCCCAACCCACCACAAACGGGUGUGGGCUGGGGGGGAAACUACGUCCCUAUUAUUUAUUUUAACUAACCAGCCUGCUGCCACCUAUGAGGGGGACACUAAGUCCAUCAUUUUUAUUUUAAUUCAUGGCCUCAAUCCACAGCCCAUGGGUAGGGGUUGGGGGGGAGAAAAGUUCCUCCUGUUUAUUUAAUGAGUAGCACCCACUCGUGCCUUGUGGGUGGAGGCUGUUGUGACGCUAGUAUGACAGGCGCCCCCUGUAUUGUAUUUCAAUAGCUGCUCAGUUUUUAGUGAUAUUGACCUGCUGCUGGCUACUCACUGUUUAGUAGACUUUCCCCACACCGCAGUGUAUCAGGUGGGGGCAUGCCUACUUAAUACCAACAGUACUUCUGAUGCACACUUAUCAGACCUUUUAUUUUGAGCUGCCGACCCAUCUAUCAAGAUCGACUGCUUGAACGUAGUCUGAUAUUAAAGCCAGCUAAGAUUCGAUUAAAAAAAGUUGACCGAGAACAGCUGAUAAUUAUUAACUGGUUUCUGCCAAUAGAUUUAAAACCGAUGCCUAAAAACCAACUGUUAAAACCUCAAAAAAACUGUUCUGUUAAUCACAUGAGUGUAGGAGUGCUUUUAGACAGACAGGAUCAAACUGUGUGUGCAGACAGACAUCAGUGUAGCAGUGCUCUAGAACCCAGAUUGUUCCUGUCUGUUCCUCCUUGUUCCAGAAAUACAGGUCAUUCUGUGCUUUUCAUGCUGGCUAAUAAAGGGUAAAUGGGAGACACUAAAAUAAAUAAAAGUUGCUGAAAUCUUAACUCUGCAUCCGUGGGCCCAGAUAUAAAAUCUGUUAUUGUUCACCGUUAAAUGUUAUGAAUCUAUUUUCCUUUCUGUAUUUUGUGAUAGUUUGCCUGUAAGAAAUACAUUUUUGUGUGAAAUGACUACUAUUAGGACAUUAGUUGUUACCCAUAUCAAUUUCAUCCAUUAAAAAACUAUAGAAAAUAAAAUAUCACAGAGACAUUUAUUAAAUCUAAUACUAAGUGAGCGAUCCAGCAAAGCUUAGCAGGAAUUCUGAUUCGGAAGGUGUAAUGUACAUCACAAGAGACGAAAGACAGAUUUAAACACAAUGAUCCUCAGUUACUGGGUUUAAUAAAUCCCACCCAGCAGACAUGCACAUUCACUGCCUCUGAUCUCCACCUCUUAUCUCCCAGAUAAAGUCUCCAUCACUAGCCUUAGCUCCAUUCUCAGUAAUUCGGGGCUGACCACAUCUCUGCAAGUUCAGUUUACUGGGGAGAUGGAACACACAGUCACCUGGACCCGAGAUGAAGGAGACCUGCCCGAGGGCCACCAGCUGAGUGAAUUUAAUGACACCCUCACUGUACGGAGCACGGACUAUGGGACAUACAGAGUGACUGUUACUAACUCAGUGAGUGAGGACCAUGCUCAGCUCACACUCACAGGUAAUGGGGCUGUUGUUGGAUUUGGGAGUCUUAAAAUAUCUUCCCUCCCCCUUACUGAGUAACAUCACAGCCAUAAAGUGAAGCUUCACACAGCUUAGUAAAUAUCACUAGACAUUCUCCAUAAUCUGUCCAGUGCCAAGAUGCCUCCAGCUGGGUAUUAUCUACAUGUUCUGCCUCUAUAUAAAAGAUAUUACUAGAAUUAGUCUUGGCUGUAGCAUAUCUGUGUUCAAUACACCAUUCUAAUGUACAGAAAUGGCCCCAUAUGUGGAUAAAUUAAAAAAAUAAUUCUCAACCAAACAAACACUCAGCUCCAUUUUGUCCAUAUAAUUCGAACAUCAUGAAACAACAAAUGUCUCUUGUAAACUUCCCGCAAAAGCAAGAGGAAUCUCUAACUUGCAACCCUGGGUCCAUGACAGGGGGUCUUUCUGACACUUGGGGUGUGGGGGGGGGGAGCAAUGGUAGUUUUAAAUUUAAAUAGGUAUUUAAAUCAAGUUAAUUAGCUACGAGCAGUGGGCUGCCAUUUUAUUAAAUAUGCAGGCUGGGGUCAGACUCAAAUAGCGUGGCUGAUUAGCUGAUUUAAAAAGAUUUAAUUGGCUGUGAGCAGCGCACACUGUAAACGCUGCACAUAGCUCAUCUGUCAGUCUGGGGCCACUAACUGUUCCCCAUUUGACAGAGGAGACCCCCAGUUAUCAAAAGAUACCUGAGGCUCCUUGGUACCAGCAGAGAUCUAACCCCUGCUGGCACCCUUACUGCAUGACGGCCCAUGACAUUAAUGGGCGUAAAGCUCUGCAUUGCAUGACGGUCUAUGACAUUAAUGGGUGUAAAGCUCUGCAUUGCAUGACGGUCUAUGACAUUAAUGGGCGUAAAGCUCUGCAUUCCAUGACGGUCUAUGACAUUAAUGGGCGUAAAGCCCUGCAUUGCAUGAGGUCUAUGACAUUAAUGGGCGUAAAGCUCUGCAUUGCAUGACGGUCUAUGACAUUAAUGGGCGUAAAGCCCUGCAUUGCAUGACGGUCUAUGACAUUAAUGGGCGGAAAGCUCUGCAUUGCAUGACGGCAUAGUCAUGUGGCCCUUAACAAUAACCACUACGCUGUCUAUCAUCGCCGUGGUGUGAUUUCUGGCUCCGACCUUUCCUUAAUCUUUACCUAAAUAUUACCAAAUCCUGAUGCUUUCAUCUUAAAACCAUUUCCCAUGAUUGCUCCUUUUUCACUCAGGAUUAAAUAAGAUGUUUGUCCGUAGUCCUCUUGUUUUCUGCCUUGAUUGUUGUAAUCCUCUGCUUGUUGGACUAAAAAUUGCACAGACUGACCUUCUACAGUCCGUAAUAAACUCCUCUGCCAGCCUUAUCUACCUUAAGUCCAACUUCUCUCACACCACACCACUCUGUCAGUCUCUGGCUUCCUGUUUCCAGUAUGGUUCAGUUACAUUGUCUUGUUCUUACUUACAAAGCCGUCCAUAACUGCGCCACUGCUUAAACCUCCUCCAUCAUUAGCAGAUGUGCUCCAUCCAUCUUCGAUCCACCGACAAGCUGUUACUGCCUUGUUCUUGCACCACACUCCAGACUGCCCAACCACAGGACAACCAACUCUCCAUGUCUCUGCAGUACUUAGAGUACUCUGCAGUACUGAAGUUGGAAAAAGGCUUAAAAUGGCUUUACAAUGUAUGCACACUCAGUCACAGCACUCUGAUUGGUUAACUUGUAACCCCCACAAUAAUUUAGUCAAUAGACCCCACUAGAGGUCGGAUGCGUCCCGUUUUUUUAUUUUAUUUAAUAGAUCCCAAUCGCUGGCCAAAGACGGGGGUAAGGAGAUGGACUAGAGAUGGAUGAGAGAUUUAACAACUAUUAUUAGCUGUCCAAUUUAAUAAGGCUAUUGGAUCACUGAAUCCAAUUUGUAAAGUAUAGCUAUUGCUUUGAACGUUGAAUUGAUAAUUAUCGGCUCCCGAUGGCUGAUAAAUGUGAUCUGCUCUAAUUUAAUCAACUCCCUAGUGUUUGUUAGUGUAUAAUCAACCAAAUGUUAAAUAAUCUAAAUGGAUUUAUUGUGUAAUAUGUCUGUUACAGCUGAACCAGAUCCUGUCUCAGGAAAAUUCAGAGUCUCUUGGAUCGCUGUCAGUAUCAUGGUUGCUGCUAUCAGUGCUGUGCUCCUGGAUGUACGUACCAAUACUGUGCUAUACAGCCUGCCUACAAUGCAGGUUUAA